CUGAAUUGGUAUAGUAUAAAAAAAGGAACUAAAGAAAAUUUGAUCUUCACUCCUAACAGAACUUGCCGACGCAGCAUUCGACUCCGAAUGGCAGAGAACGGACUGCGAGGACAAGGGGGCGGAGCUCUCCUUCCAAAGAACCGAAUUGCAGAGGCAACCAUUGAAGAUGGACCAGGAGGGGAGGACGGACGGCGGUGCGACUUCUGCAGCCAAUCUUAUGGUACCCAGAGAACUAACAACACCAGACUGGAACGGAGCAGGCUAUGGCGACCAGGUGGAUACUUUUGACCGCGACAGCCGCAGAGGUGACACCUCUCCCCAGACCAACUGGUCGGACCCACACAAGCGGCAGAAGCACCGACAACCGAAGAAGCACCCGUGCCGCUUCUGUCCUUACUCACGCCCUUCCGCAACGGAUGUCGCCAUCCACGAGAGGACUCACACUGGCGAGAGACCCUUCAGUUGUGGUGCCUGCGAGAAAACAUUCACGAAGAAGGGUAACUUGACGGCUCACGUUAGAACUCACACCGGAGAGAAGCCGUUCAAGUGCAACACGUGCAGCAGGGCAUUUACUCAGAAAGGCAGUUUGGCGAACCAUGAGAGGACUCACACCGGAGAGAAGCCGUUCAAGUGCGAGACCUGCGGUAGAGCAUUUGCGUCUGAUAACGGUUUAUGCAAUCAUCGAAAGAUACAUCGCAAGUGAUCGAAACCCUCACGCGCAUCAUAGUUGUGAAAGGUGUUUAAACGAAAUACUCGAGCGCCGACAUGUGUUCAUAUCGUUUGGCGAUAGACCUGCAGGGGUUUUACUUGCGAGCAGUGUGUGUUUCGCAUGGUUCAAAAUGUUUCCUCCUCUUACUGAUCGCGUAAACACAGCUAAAAAAUGUGAAUUUACCUUAGAGUAAGCGACCAGAGUUCUUUUUUGUACACGAAAAAAAGAAAAUACUUGAAGCCUUGUGUUUCUUUAUUAAUUUAGAGUCAUUAAUCACGUGAUGCACCUGACGUCUCUGGGUUGUCUGUAGGGUCACUUACGUUCCUUUCAAGUCGGCCUCCUCAUGACCAUAAACAUACGAACU